UGGAAGCAUAACAACGAGUAUGGAAUAUGGCUUCCUUUUCAAGAGCCCAACAAUCUAAUCCCAGAACGCGAAAAACAGCUUGUUAUUCAUACAAAGAAUUGUUAAUUGAAAGACGCCGGCAGAAUAAAGUAGUCGAGGAACGCGGACGGAGGACAAAAAACGUUCAAAAUCUGUCAGAAACUGUCCUGAAUGGAUUGGAAGUGCUUUGGCGGCAGAAUAUUUUGUGUGAUAUUAUUCUAAUUUGCCAGGGACGAGCAUUUGAUGCCCAUCGUUCACUUUUGGUCACUUGCUCUGAUUACUUUUACAAUAUUUUCGUCGAUCAGCUUUACGAUGAAAGAGAACUGGACAUCAGUCAUCUUGAAAUCGAAGCAAAUAUAUUUCAGAAUGUAUUGUUAUGUAUGUACACAGGAAAACUGCAAGUAUCGGAAGAGGCCAUAGAAGGAACCCUGCAUGCUGCGUCUCGACUGGGCUUUUAUCUGAUACAGGACGCGUGCGAAGAAUUUCUAGUAGAAAACACACGUCUGAAAAAUUGUCUGAAAAUGCUUGAUAGAGCUUUCAAUUUUAAUCUGGACAAAUUAACAGAAAAGGCUUUAGAAUUAGCGGCAAAAUAUUUUAAAGUAAUUUCAAAAAGAUCAAGUUUUAAAGAGCUACCGGUUGAACAGAUGAUUGCCUUAUUGAAGAGAGAUGAUCUGAAUGUAGAAAGUGAGCUCGAAGUUUUCAAACGAUUUAUAGAAUGGCUGGAGCACAGGAAAAAAGAACGCAUCCCACAUGCCGCUGAACUUAUGGCCACCAUUCGACUCCCUCUUCUUUCACCUGCCGCCAUUAUGGAUUCUGUGGAAAGCAUCGGUUAUCUAAUGGAAAUCCCAGAAUGCCAAGGACUUGUUAAAGAGGCGCUUCAUUAUCACUGUAUUCCAUACAGACAAACAGUUCUACAGUCUCCGCGUACGGCUCCCAGAAAUCAACAUGUCUCUAAUCUUUUGGUGGUCAUUGGAGGUGCUCCGAGAUACAAGUGUGAUUCGGUCAAUGAUGACGUCAUGGCAUUCAAUUUGUCAUCAAACACUUGGAAAUCUGUAGCCACCUUACCGGAACCACGACAUCAUCAUGCAAGUACUAUGUUUGGAGGCUUCUUGUACAUUGCUGGUGGCGAGAGAUAUAACAACAGUAUGACACCUGUUAACAGCGUCUUCCGGUAUGAUCCGAGAAAUGGCGACUGGUUGAAAGUAGCCAACAUGAAACACAAUCGCCAGAGCUUUAGUUUGGCCGUUCUUAACAACAUGAUGUAUGCAGUAGGUGGACGGUUAGACGCAUCUGAAUCUCUAGCUUCUGUGGAAUGUUACAAUCCACAGUCAAAUACCUGGCGUGAGGUGGCUCCACUCAGUACCCCAAAGAGGUGUGUGGCUCUGGCCACGCUUCACGGCCGCUUGUACGCAGUAGGUGGCUCUGGAAACAAGAUGAUAUCGAGUCGUGUGGAAAGUUAUAAUCCAUAUGAUGGCAAAUGGGAGAUCAAACAACCUAUAUCAACCCCAAGAUUUUUUGCUCAUCUUGUUCCUGUAAGUGGGUUAUUAUUAUUAUUUGGUGGAGCAACAGUAAACCAAGAUGGCGUCAUAAGUUGCAUGGAUGCCAUCGAAAGGUACACACCCUCUAGCGAUUGCUGGACAGUUAUUUCACACAUGCGCACACCAAGAGCAGAAUUCGGAUGUGCUGUACUGGGAUUCAAGAUUUACAUUGCAGGAGGUUAUAACUGGGACAAAAUGGAGAGGUUAAGAUCCAUAGAGUGUUUUGACUCGGAUUCUCAUACUUGGACCGAGCUAGAUAAAUGCCUUCCACUUGAACUCACCGGUCUUAGUUUGGCAUGUAUGAAAACAUAUAAUGGGAACGACUUUUGAAACAUCAGAAAUAAAUGCACUUGUCUCGUAAUAUCUUUUUGUAUAAACAACUUUUAAUAAAAAUGUUUAAGAUUAUUUAGGAUUUAUCACUCCAAAACCACCUGGAUACCCGGAGACUUUAAAAUGAUACUCCUUUUAAAUUCGAAAAAAAUGAUACACAAUUCAUGUCGUAUGUUGUGGUGAACACACGAGGAUAGGUAAAAACGCCAUAAUAAAAAUUGCUCUUGUAUGGUAAACUGAAUGCUGUCCAAAAUAAUUUGAAUUCUUUAAUAAUGUCAUAUAAGUAGAAAAACAUUUUAAGGCGUAAAUAGAAGUAGAUAAUUAAAGUAAAGGUCUAUUCCUCUUUUUUUUUUAUAUCCUUCUCAUCUCCAACCCACUUUUUCCUUGAGUUGAGAUAUAAUUUUUUGAUUUAAUAAUUCAUCAGGAUUCUUCACCAAAUCACUUAGAACAGUGAAGUUUGGCAUACAUGUACUUCAUAUACUGGUACAUUUAUUUUUUUAUACUAACACUAAGAAUUAUUACUAAUUUUCUGUCUA